AUGUCCUCCCAAGUUCGACUGAGGCUGCUGCCUAGAGCCAGAUGCAUGUUUGAUGAGCCGGUUCAGAUGAAGGUGGCCGGGCUGAGGGCGAGACAGGUGGUCACCAUGAGAGCCAGAGCCACUGACGACAAGGGGCUGGUGUUCAGCUCCUCGGCUACCUACAAGGCUGAUGAGAACGGGGAGAUCGACCUGGAGAGAGACCCCUCUCUCAGCGGGAGCUACGUCGGGGUGGAACCCAUGGGUCUGCUGUGGUCCAUGAGGGCAGACACCUUGCACAAAAGGUUUCAGAUAAAAAAUUCACUUAACCCUCAUGUGGUGAAUUUAUCUGUGCACGGGGAGGAGGAGGGGGUGGGCAGGAUGCUGGCAGAGGCGACCAACGAGAGGCUUCUGAUUGGAGACGGAGUUAGCCGACUCCCCAUCAAAGAGGGGAAUAUCCGUGGAGUUCUGUUCACUCCCCCAGGAAGAGGUCCAUUCCCUGCGGUGUUGGAUUUGUACAUUUUAGGAGGAGGUUUGUCAGAGAAAAGGGCUUCUCUGCUUGCCAGCAGAGGAUUUGUGGUCCUGACUGUAGUGGCAUAUGGUUAUGAUGACAUGCCCAAGAAGAUCCAAGAGGUCCAUCUGGAUUAUUUCGAGGAAGCAAUAAAGCUUUUAAAAAAACAAGAUAAGGUGGGCAGUAAAGGAGUUGGUGUAUUAUCAUUUUCCAAAACUGGAGAUGUUGCACUAUCAAUAGCUUCUUACCUGCCAGGUGUUGAGGCCACAGUGUGCAUCAACAGCUGCUGUGCCAAUACAUUUUUACCCCUCUACCAUAACAAGAGACAAAUCCUCUCUGCGCUAAUGUUGGACAUCAGCAAGUUGGUUCCCACUGAGUCAGGGGCCUGUAUGGGCAAGAAUGUAUUGCAUAAUCCGCUGGCAGAGGAGAACAAGGCCACCCUGGUCCCCAUUGAACAAGCCAAGGGAUGUUUUCUCUUUGUGGCUUCAGAGGACGACCUCAACUGGGACAGCAAGGCUUACAUGGACCAGAUGGUGGAGCGACUUCAGCAUCAUGGGAAGGACAACUUCGAGAGUGUGUCUUACCCUGGAGCAGGACAUUACUUAGAGCCGCCAUACGGUCCCUACUGCCCCUCCAGUUUUCAUGGGGUUGUAGGCAAGCCAGUCCUGUGGGGGGGUGAGCCCAGGUCCCAUGCAAGAGCUGAAGUCCACCUGUGGAAGAAGAUCCAGGAGUUCUUCAGAACUCACCUGAGCU